UUUAAAUGGGGCAUGACAUAUUCCAGAAGUUGAGUCAUACAAAAAUCCAUAGUUGCGGAGGUUGCGGAGUUUCGUCCAACCACCACACCGAGUGUUUAUCAUUUUAGAUCGUAUUUUCAACAGUAAACCAAGUGCGUUUAUAUUUAGUGUGAGUUUAAACAACCCGUUUUACGACGAUGGCUUUGAAAAACCAAGUCGGGCAAAAAAUCAUGAAUGAAGUGAUUAAACAUAAAGGGCCCAAGAAAAAUGGUCCACCAGGGCAUGGGGUUGAAUGGAGGGUUUUAGUCGUUGAUCAACUGGCAAUGAGAAUGGUCUCUGCUUGUUGUAAAAUGCAUGAUAUAUCAGCGGAAGGAAUCACAUUGGUUGAAGAUAUCCAUAAGAAGCGAGAACCUUUAACAAUGGAAGCAAUUUAUUUGAUAACACCAUCAGAAAAAUCUGUCCAUUCAUUAAUGGCCGAUUUUGAUGGGAAAUGCAUGUAUAAAGCAGCUCAUGUUUUCUUCACAGAAGUGUGUCCUGAGGAGUUAUUCAAUGAACUCUGCAAGUCGUGUGCUGCCAAGAAAAUAAAAACACUAAAGGAGAUCAACAUUGCAUUUUUACCUUAUGAAUCUCAGGUUUUCUCCUUGGAUUCUCCGGAUACUUUCCAAUGUAGUUACGCUCCAAGUUUUGCUGACUUAAGAAACGCUAAUAUGGAGCGUAUGGCGGAACAAAUAGCCACUUUAUGUGCAACACUUGGUGAAUAUCCUUCUGUACGUUACCGAAGUGAUUGGGAAAGAAAUGUAGAACUAGCUCAAUUAGUUCAACAGAAAUUGGAUGCCUAUAAAGCUGAUGAGCCAACGAUGGGUGAAGGGCCGGAAAAAGCUCGGUCACAAUUAUUAAUUUUAGAUAGAGGUUUUGAUUGUGUUUCCCCAUUACUUCACGAAUUAACAUUCCAAGCGAUGGCUUACGAUUUAUUACCGAUCGAAAAUGAUGUUUAUAAGUACGAAGCAUCAGCAGGAUCUGUAAAAGAGGUUCUAUUGGAUGAAAACGAUGAGCUUUGGGUUGAAUUGCGUCAUCAGCACAUCGCAAUCGUCUCCCAAAGCGUUACGAAAAAUUUAAAGAAAUUCACCGAUUCAAAACGAAUGACAGCAAGUGAUAAACAAUCCAUGAAAGAUUUAUCGCAAAUGAUUAAAAAGAUGCCGCAAUAUCAAAAGGAAUUAUCCAAGUAUGCGACUCAUUUGCAUUUAGCCGAGGAUUGUAUGAAAGCUUAUCAAGGUUAUGUCGAUAAAUUAUGUAAAGUUGAACAGGAUUUAGCCAUGGGAACGGAUGCUGAGGGUGAAAAAAUCAAAGAUCAUAUGAGAAAUAUCGUUCCAAUUCUAUUAGAUCCAAAAAUUACCAACGAAUAUGAUAAAAUGAGGAUCAUUGCUUUGUAUGCGAUGACCAAAAAUGGAAUUACAGAUGAGAAUUUAUCAAAAUUAGCCACUCAUGCGCAAAUUAAAGAUAAACAAACCAUCGCUAAUCUGCAAUAUCUUGGGGUUAAUGUUAUUAGUGAUGGAGGAAAUAGAAAAAAACCUUACACCGUUCCAAGAAAAGAACGAAUAACCGAACAAACCUAUCAAAUGUCACGUUGGACUCCAAUAUUAAAAGAUAUAAUGGAGGAUUGUAUCGAUGAUAAAUUAGAUCAUAGACAUUUCCCAUUUUUAGCUGGAAGGGCUCAAACCACUGGAUAUCAUGCACCAACUAGUGCUCGUUAUGGACAUUGGCAAAAAGGUAAAAGUUUACCAACUGUAAAAAAUGUACCUCGUUUGCUUGUCUUUAUUGUCGGCGGGGUAAGCUUUUCGGAAAUUCGUUGCGCUUAUGAAGUAACGAAUGCGGUGAAAAACUGGGAAGUUAUAAUGGGAUCAUCACAUAUUCUCACCCCGGAAGGAUUCCUCAGCGAUCUCGCAACGAUAUCCGGCUAGAAACUGGUCAAGAAGGUUUCCUUCUACAUUCCAGAUUGAAUAAAACCAAAAAUGUCGUUAAUUUCUAGGAAAUUUAAAUCGUUUUUUGAAAUAUAUGUAUUCAGUUUUUUCGAAAGAAAGUAUUUAAUGGAAACAAGCAUGCAAAAAUAGGAUACAGUAUUAUUUUUAUUUCCUCUAUAUAUUUUUUUUUUAUUGUUGAAUUAAGUUGUAACCCAUUUUAAUGAUAUAUAUAACAAUAUUGUUGUGAUGUUUAUCUAUAUAAUAUAGUUAAUAAUUAUUUUGAAAAAAUAAUGCAUAAAAAUAUGGUAUAAAGUUUAAUGUAGUUGAAAUGUAAGUAAUAAUUAUCGUGCUAAAUUAUUUACAUUGCUAGUCGAUUAAUUGUUAGAAUUCUAUAACUACUUAUAAUGUAGUACCUCUUCUAAUCAUGUUAAAUAAAUCUUAUAAACAUU